CACCCAGGGGGACAGAGAAGCAGAAAGCAACUUGUCCAAGAAAAGACAGUGCUCUAGAAAGAGAAUGAAAAAGAGAGAGAUGGGAAGGUGCCCAUGUUGUCCAAAGGAAGGACUGAACAGAGGAGCAUGGACAGCCAUGGAAGAUAAGAUUCUUACUGACUAUAUUCAAAUCCAAGGUGAAGGAAAAUGGAGAAACCUACCCAAGAAAGCAGGUCUCAACAGAUGUGGCAAAAGUUGCAGAUUAAGAUGGCUAAAUUAUCUGAGACCUGGUAUUAAGAGAGGAAAUAUAACAGAUGAUGAAGAGGAGCUCAUUAUCAGGCUUCACAAGCUUCUUGGAAACAGAUGGUCCCUGAUUGCUGGGAGGCUUCCAGGACGAACAGACAAUGAAAUAAAAAACUACUGGAACACCACUAUUUGUAAGAAAUUACAACCUCUCAAUCCCACAGUUAACAAAUCCUUAUCUACCCUAAAUACUGAGCCAAACAAAGUAUUUUGGACCAAAGCUUCAAGGUGCACCAAAGUGGUUAUACCUAAUAACCCUAAACCACAAAAUAUUAAUCAACCCGAAAUGGGAAAUAUCUCCGGUGAUGACAACGAAAAUUUUCACUUCAUUCUGGAGGAAAAUUAUAAUAAUUCCUCUGAUUCAUUUUUAGAUUUUGAGAUGGAUGAAUGUCUUUUAUCCGAAUUACUCGAUACAGAUAGUUUCAAUUGGAUUGAAGAUCAUCAAGUAUUGCUGGAAAGGAGAGAGGAGAGGAUAUAACAGGUAUUAAAGUUAGGGAAUUAAUUACCCAACAUAUAUAUAUAUAUAUAUAUAUAUAUAUGCUAAUUAUAUAUAUUUGAAACUUGGCUUGUUGAUUAGUAUGGUGGCAUUAGAUUGUAGUCUCUGUAUCAGAAAAAAAUGAGUAACGUCCAAAUUAACUUGCUAAUGGGAUAUAUCAGUAGAUGUUUGUUGUAAUUAAUAUUAUUGAUACUGUAACAUGGUAUUAGUGGUUGUUUCAUCAUUAUGUUCCUGUCCUGUCA